CGGAUUAGAAAGCUACAAAAAUUGCCAUCCACUCGUUGGAUAAUGGCUGUGAAUAGUGUUGAAAUUGGCCUGAAAGCGGCUAGCACUGGUGAGCUGGCCGAAAGAGGUCGCAGAUAUAAUAUGUCAUAGGGCGCCCAUUGGUUUAGACGUUGCAGCACAGACGCAGUUCGCGCGCUGCAUGAGCGAUUGGAGAGCUUCCACCAUUUUAUAUCUUGCAUCCGACCCCUCCUCGCCUCCCACCGUAGCUUCCUACCGACAAUGAGUGGCCCGGGUGAAAAUCGCUGGCGGCGGCAGGGUCAAGCCAACCGCAACUCCAACUCGGGCGCAAACACCCCCACCAAGGACAAUGCAGGCCGGCAGCAGGCCAUGCCAGCGCCCACGGGGAGCGUCUGGGGAGCCAAGCAGGGCAAGGGAGCAGGUCCCGCAGCUGCACCAGUCCAAGCUCAGCCUGACCAGCACGUACCUGUGAAGGAGUUCAACGCGAACGAGGUCAAGGAUUUCCUCAAGAAGAAGUACCUUGAGAGCACAGCCAACCAACCCUCGGUAUACCACAAGGUCCCCGGCGACUCUGUCCCGACCCGCAGCACUGGCGCAUGGGGCAAAGGAGGCACCAUGACACACCUCAUGCCAACCGGCCAGGACUUCUUCACACAGCUGAAGAAGCAGAUCGCCACUCUCGAGCAGACCAAACCAGCGCAAUAAUCGCAUACACACCCGACAUCCAUUUCAGCGGCAUUAUGGGGGCAUUACAGGAGUUCUGUGGGCAUUGAAUUGCAUGGGUGUUAUAUGGCAGUACUUAUAGCGGCAUGAGUAAGGUCAUGUGCAGGCGUCUUGGAGUUUGUGAGCGUGUUUCGGCCCAGCUAAGGAUGAUCGCACGCGAUACCCAUCUUGAAAGUAUUUGGGGUUAAGGUUACAGCAUUGGAGAGCGUUCGGAUGUAAAAGGUCGUACUGUCUGACAUGUGUCUGAAGCAAAACGUGCUAUAAAGAAUCCACGGUCGUUACUACAACAGUGAAUACAC